AUGACUACGAACGUCGACCAGAGCGUUUACCUCUUCCUCAGGAACGUCUCGACUCUCGACGAGGCUGGACCGGGCUGGAAGGGUUGGAGGCUUCGUAUGGAGCGCGCGCUCAAGACUGGGAACGUCUACGAGCACGUUACGGGGACUUCGGUUCGACCUUCUCAAGCAGCGGAUGCGGAUGCGCCGGCGCGUGCAGCAACGGCUGCCGAGCAGGCGGCGUGGGACCUCGAAGGCGCGCGCGCAAUCAACUACAUGAUCUCGAAGCUUCCCGACAACAUCGCCGGACAGCUUCUCGACCUCACCGCACGCCAGAUCUGGGUUCACCUCACGUCCCGCUUCGACCUCGGCAACAAAGAGUCAAUUCAGUCCAUCCUCGCCGCCAUCCGCUCGCUGAAGGCCAAGAACCUCGAGGCUGUCGGCACCUUCCUCGACGAACAUGAAGAGAUCCUCUCCCGCGCCCGCGAAAUCGACUUUCCUCUCGUCCGCUCUAUCCCGGAUACCGCCUCGGAUGCGGAGCGUAGCCAAUACAGCACGCUCCACUACGUCUAUUCGGACUUCAUCCUCGAGGGUCUUCCGUCGGACACCGAGUGGAAGGCAUGGACGUCGGUUUAUCGCCAGGCCGACUCGUCGACCUUCGCUCCUCGCGAGGUCCUCGACAAGGUCCGAGCCGAGUACAACCGCCGGCGCGCCAACGCCGCAGCGUCGUCGGGACGUCUCCUCUUGAACGGCAACGGCAAGGCGUCUUCUUCGUCUUCGACCGCCGCCGCCACUGUCGGGAAGGGUUCGUCGUCGUCGUCGUCCGGGAAGAAGCAGCAGCAGCAGCCACGCCCGAAGUGCAAGUUCUGCCAAGAAGAGAACCCUCGUCACUCGGUCGAGCGCUGCUGGCAAAACCCGGACAACCCGAACAACCGUCUCAACCAGAGCGGUUCGAAGGGAAAGGGGAAGGAGAAGGAGAAGGAAAAGUCAAAGAAGGACGACAAGAAGGACAAGGACGGCAAGGUCGUCACCCUCGCCGUCGCGACCGUCGCAUCUUCAGUCGACGGCGAUUUCGACGGCUCGAAGGCUCCGACCGACUGGCACCUCGACACCUGCGCCUCGCGACACAUUGUCGCUGAGCGUCGCUACUUCACCUCGUACAGGCUGUUGACGACUCCCAUCGUCACCGCCUCGGGACCUUCUCUUGAAGGAGUCGGUGUCGGUACCGCGGAGAUUGAAGUCGAAACCUCUUCGGGUCGCUUCAAGCUUCAGCUCAAGGAUGCCAUCCACGUUCCUACUUCGUCCUUCAACCUCAUAUCCGCGCCGAGGUUUAUCAACGCCGGAUACAAGCUCGAGUUCGCUCCCGGUGGAGCGUUCCAGGUCGUCUCGUCUGACGGCAACGUCGUCCUCAAUGGGAAGUUGGGCAAGUACUCGCUCCCCGAGGUCAACAUUGUCAGCGCGACCCUCGCCCUCCUCGCCACUCCUCAGGAGGAGCGCCUCAAGGCCGUCGAACUCGCUCAUCGUCGUUAUGGGCACCCUUCGAAGGCCGCGAUGCGCGAUCUUCUCUGUCUCGGCGAGGUCAAGGGCUUCACGACGUCGGAUCUCGAUGUCUUCUUCUCCAAGUCGUGCCCUCCGUGCCGCACUGGGAAGUUGACCAAGACGCCGUUUCCCAUCAUUGAGCGUCAGGCUACGCUUCCUCUUCAGCACCUGCACUCCGACCUCGCCGGCAAGUUCCCCUUCACCUCGUUCGGCGGUCCUCAGUACUUCAUUAUAGUCCGCGACGAGGCGUCGGGUUACAUCGACGGGGAACCGCUCAAGGACAAGACCGAGGCGCUCGACGCCUUCAAGCGUAUCUACUUUCGCAUGAAGGCUGAGUUCGAGUCGUCCAAGGUCGAGGUCGCUCAGUCGACGACCCUCCAGACGGACAACGGCUCCGAGUACACUUCUCGCGCCUUCCAGUCGUUCCUCGCCGGCGAAGGGAUCACGCAUCGUCUCUCGAUUCCCUACACGCCUCAGCAGAACGGACUUUCGGAGCGCGCCGUUCGUACCGUCAAGGAGAAGGUCACGACACUUCUCUCCGAGGCCGACCUCUCGAAGAAGUAUUGGGCCGAGGUUUUCUUCUUCGCUCUCUUCAUCAUCAACAACCUCCCCUACUCGCCUAACGGCGGCGAGACUCCCUACCACUUCCUCCACCACGCUCGCAACCCCUUCUUCGACAACAAGACUCCCAUCCUCGGCCAGGACAUCUGGAUUCACGACCCGAACGCCGGCACCUUCGACGACAAGUCGUACAAGGGCAUCUUUCUCGGCGUCGGCCAGCAUCGCGGCGUCAAGGGUUUCCGCGUUCAGGCCGCAGACGACCGCGGGACGAACCGCAUGAUCUGGUCGAGGAACAUCUCGUUCGCUCCCGGAGACUACGUCCCGCGGACGAGGGAUGUCGAUGAUGAGGAGGAGCUCGCGUGGGUUGAGCAGGAGGAGGACGCGGAGGAAGGAGGAGCUGGCAUGCGUCCGUUCGAGGAGCAGCAGCAGGAGGAGAUCGAGGAGCCUGCUCCCGCUGAGGAGCCGGCGCAGCCGCCUAAGCCCGGAGCCCGCGAGGUCCGCGGCAGGCUGGCAGAGGAGGAGAAGCAGGAGGAGGUGCGACGCGGCUCGAGGAUUCGCAAGCAGGCAACGCACCAUUUCUUCGGCCACGACAAGAUUCCGGCCGGUGCCGUCAUCGCUCUCGUCAACGUCGCUGUCGAGCCGAGCGAGGUCGAGGAUACCCAGUUCGCGAUCCUCAACGUUCCGCAGACGGCUCUCGCGACGAAGAAGACCUUCUCAAUCUCUGGUCGUCCGGUCCCCUCGCAGCCUUCCUCGAUGAAGGAGGCUCUCUCUUUGGUCUACUCUACUGAGUGGAAAGAAGGGAUGAAUGAGGAGUGGACCGGCUUCCAGCAGCAGGACGUCGUUGGCGAUCUCGUCCAACGCAAGCCUGGCAUGAAGGUUCUCGGGACGCGUUGGCACCAUACCGCUCGCGUCGACCCCAAGGCCGAGACGGCGCAGCUCAAGUCGAGGCUCGUCGUUCAGGGCGUCAAGUCGAUUCCCUUCCUCAGCUCGUUCGGUCCGACCUUCACCCCUCUUCCUCGCUGGGACGUCGUUUCUCUCUUCUUCGUCCUCGCCACGCGCCUCAAGCUUCCCGUCUACGUGACCAACUUCGCCAAGGCCUAUCUCAGUGCCCAGGUCGCGACGGGAGGCGACACCGUCUUCGUCAAGCAACCACCCGGCUUCGAAGUUCCGGGUCGCGAAGACUAUGUCUACCAGCUCAAGCGCGCGGCGUACGGUCUCCCUCAGUCGGGACAUGCCUUCCACCUCAAAGUGAAGGACAAGCUUGACCAGCUCGACUUCGUCUCGCUCUCCGACGGCGUUACCCUUUACAUUGGGCGCCGCGGCGGCGACUACGUCGUCCUCGUCGUCUACGUCGACGACGGGCUCAUUGCUGGGAAGAAGGCACUUGUCGAGGACAUCGUUGGCGAGUUGCAGGAGGAUUUCGACGUUACCUUCGGCGGACCUGUCGACGGCAAGACCUUCCUCGGUCGCGACGUCAAGCACGACCCCCAGACGGGUUCUGUUCGUGUUUCGGUCAAGUCGCAGAUUGAGAGGGCGCUCAAGAAGCACGGCUUUGAGGAUCUCAAGCCGUUGCACAUGCCGAUCCAGCCUGGUAUCGUCUACGUCGAGUGGGAUGGAGAAGCCAUCAAGCCGAGCGAAUACCUUUCCGCCGUCGGCUCGCUUCUCUUCAUCGCUGUCACUCGCGUCGAUAUCCAGUAUGCUGUCGAUGUCGCGAGUCGCUACUCGUCGAACCCGGGCCCCAAGCACUGGGAGCUCGUCAAGCGCAUCUUCGCGUACCUCUCCGUCACCCGCGAUGUCGCACUCGAGAUGGGCCUGAGUCGCUCUGACGGCUCGGGACUCGUUGCCUUCGUCGACGCGGACCACGGCGGAGACGUCGAGACUCGCCGCAGCACCACCGGUGUCGUCGUGCAGCUCGACGGGACGACCAUUCUCACGAUCUCGCGUCGCCAGUCUUCGGUUCAGCUUUCGACGUUCCAGGCUGAGCUCAACGCGGUCGUGGUCGCCCUCGGCGAACUCGAAUGGAUUUCGUCCGUCAUCUCCUCUCUCCCCAUCGGCAACGACGCUCCCCUUCACCUCUUCAACGACAACCUCUCGGCCGUCAAUGCGCUCCUCUCUCCCACUUACAUCGAAUUGAGGAAGCAGCACGACCUCAAGCUCAAGUACGUUCGCGAGCAGGUCGAGAAGGGUUUCGUCGACCUUCGUUGGAUUCCCGGCGCCGAUAACGUCGCGGAUACCUUACGAAGGCGCUCCCGGCAAGUUGUAUCCGCAAGGUCGGCACAAAGCUUGGCCUCGUCGGAUGGCCGGAGGGCAAGGUUUGGGGAUCGCGUUGAGGAGGAGUGUUGGGGAGGAGUCGAGCGGCGGAAGAAGGAUAUGUCUGCGCGGUGGAUCGCUUAG